GGACUGGAUGGCCAAGUCAAACAACAUCCAUUCGCUGAGCGGCUUUCGCUGUUGAAUGAGCUGCUUUGCUGUUUCCGUGGAACGGCCGCCGGUGCGUCGCGUAUCUUCGAGAUACAACAAUUAAAUCGAAUCGAAUUUAUAUUGCAGCUGUCGUUGCGCGCGUGUUGCCGAUGGAUAUUGUGGAAUUAUAACAAUCAUUUCUCGUGUGGAAGUGUGAAAGUGAAAUAGUUGCGCCCAGAGCGACGCAAUUAGAUGAAAAUAUAGUUUACACACGCUCCAAAACCGUAUCUUUGUAUCUUUUGUGCGCGAGCACGCUUCAACAAGUAAAGCGAAAUUAAACACAAACCACUGAAGUGGAAGGCGCGUCCUUGGGCUCCCAAAUUAAACACCUGUUUUAGAACCAAGCAGAUAUUCAAUUGCGAUUUGAGCCGCCGAAAGAGGCAACCAGAGCCGGUUAGAAAGAGAUAGAGAGAGAGGGCGAGCGAGCGAGAGAGAUGAACAAUUUCACAACCACAACAGCAGCCGCACCACCAAAGGAAGCGCUGCCCCGAUCAGGACAUGUUAAUGAGGUGUGCAAGGAGUGGCUCGUGCGUGAGGACGGUGCACUGGCCUAUAAACUCCAGUCCCAGGAAAUUAAUGACUUCUACAAGGGAAAUCGCUAUAGGAAUGCGGUGGUUCGCGAGGAUUUUCCCACCGCCCUCCACGAACAGAUCAAGGAAAAGGAGCAGGCUCAGCGGAGGGUGGAUGCCUACAGGAGACGAUUGACUGAACAGGAGGAGCAUGACAAGAGUGUGGCCAAAGAAAUAGCUGACAAACUGGAGCGUGAUUUGCGAGAGCAACAGCAGCGGGAGUUGCAACAAAGCGAGUUGAUUGCCAAGCAAAUGCAGGAAAUCUACGUUAAUCUGCCGCCUGUGCCGCCGCCAGCAACACGCGACAGGAGUCGACCGCCGCCGCGUCCUGCCAAAGCAAGUAUACACCUGCAACAACAACAGCAACAGCAGCAGCAACACCAGACACAGCAGCAACAUCAAGCAGAGCCGAGCACCUCACAGCAGGCUAGAUACCACAGUCAACAGCAGCAGCAACCAUUGCUGCUGCAGCAGCAACACUUCUCACAAACAGACAACUAUGUAGGAUUAUCGCUUAUACCAAAUAUUGUAGAUAUGCCAGCAGCAACAGCAAGCCAAGCAGCAGCAACAGCAAGCACAAAUCCCAGUAGAAAUGCACAGGCACACAAUCAGCUGUUGGUGAGUGAUGUCUUAUCAUCACCGCAGCAGCAACACCAACAACAACAACAACAGCAAAAUCACUCACGUUUUCAUCUUGUACAGCAACAACAGCAAAAGCAGCAUCAGCAUCAGCAUCAGCAGCAACAUCAAUCAUCAUCGCCGGCACGUCGAGCGGCAACAAAUGCCACCGCAUCGGCAACAACUAACAUGAACAGCACCUCAUCCAUUACUCAGCACCCACCCACAACACACAACGCACACACCACUGACAACGCUGACAUCGAUGAGCUGGUGGACUACGCCGAUGUUGCUGAUAGCAUACGCGACUACAAUAUCGCUGCCAACAGCGGCACAGCAGCAGCAACAUCGGCCAGUGUUGUCGAUGCAGCAGCUGCAACAUCCCUUCAAAAACAACGCUCCCCGUCACACGAAAAUCUCCUAAGAACCGAACCGAAAUUUCAGAAGCUGUCACCCGAGAAAUACGAUCAGUUGGUGGGUAAUUUCGGUCUGGGUUCCAAUUCGGGAUCGGCGAAGGCAGCCGAGAGGCACAUGCAACAGCACGCCGACGAUAUCGAGCUGUAUGUGGAUCCCUGCGAUUAUGCCAGCCUGCGGGAGAUCGGACUGCCACUGGAGGAGAUCCAGGAGAUGAGCAAGAAGCUCAAACAGGAGCAGAAGGAUGAGUUGCUGGCUCGCCGGUUGCAGGCCAUUGAAUCCAAGGACUGCGUGCGACAGGAGCACAGAGAUCGACUGCUGGCCAUUGAGGCCCAGGAUAAGGAGCUGGCCAAAAUGCUGCAGGACAGGGAGAAGGCCAAAGCCAAGCGGGCCAAGGAGAAAGCUCGUUUGCGAAAAACCCAGCAGAGGGAAGCCGCCGAAGCUGCCAACGGCAACGGGAAUGGGAAUGGGAGUCUGCUCUGUGGCACCAAUCCGCAGUGCGGUCCAUUGCUGCCCCUGCCCCCCGAUUGCCUGGCCAGCACUGCCGCCAAUCACUCGCAGGUCGACAUCGAUGUGGAGGCCUACUCGAAUCCCAUCGAUGUGCUGAACAACAGUCGUGAGCAGCGGACCCACAACGGACCUUUGACCAACGGCAGCCUGACCAGAGAUGGGGGCUCCAACCACAGCUCCAUGCAGCGGCAGCAGCGGAGCAUGGCCCCCAUUCGGGGAGAGGAUGAGAUCUACACGCUGCCGGUGGACAAUUGCAGGCCAGGACAAAGACCUGUUUCACUUCACAUGGCGGCGGAGGCGGUGCAGCAACUUCAGGCCCACAAUUCCAUGACGAGAUCUGAACAUUAUGGGUCCGAGGCUGGAUCGCAUGAUAGUUCACAUCUUAGUGGCCAGGACAUAUCGCCCCACAUGAAAUACUCCAAGUCCGGCAAUUUCGGUAUAUAUAUCAAAGUGCCAGCCCCACGCCGCCUUACAUGCCAAUUCAGGGUACUCGAAGAUCAAAUUCAAGUGAAGAUCGUAAAAAGAAGUCCAAGGACAAGUGCACGCAUCAGUGAACCAUAAUCAUCCAUGCAUCCAUGCAGUCCAAUAGAAUAUUCGAAUGUUUUUUGUACUCUCUCGACAAUGAAAUUGUUCAGAUCCAAAUCAUACUUUUUAUCAGUUUAUUCACAAUCCUCUCACAUUGUAUCUCUAGAACUUAGGAGUAGUUUGUAGCUUAAAUACAUCAAAAUUAUGUAUGUAUAUGUAUGAUGUGUGGUUUCAGUAAUAGUUCUGUUGAAGUCAAUGGCUUUACAAUAAAGAUUUUUUAUAGGCAACUGA